GCCUGUGUGUCGGCGCGGCUGAACACGUACAGUACGCUUGAUACAGUGAGCAGAUCCUCAGUGCGGGCUGCCUGUGCGGACUGCAUGAUAGCAGGCAUGGACCUAUUCGAGUUUGACUUCUUUAGGGACUGGGACCUGGAGCAACAAUGCCAUUAUGAGCCUGACCGCAGUGCACUGAAGAAAAAGGAAUGGGAACGGCGGACUCAGGAAGUUCAGCAAGAUGAAGAUCUCUUCUCCUCUGGGUUUAAUCUUUUUGGCGAGCCAUACAAGACCAACAAAGGCGAUGCCCUGGCCAACCGUGUCCAGAAUACUCUAGGGAACUAUGAUGAAAUGAAGGAUUUUCUUAGUAACCACUCCAGUCAGAGCCACUUGGUAGGAAUACCCAAAAACUCUGUCCCACAGACGCCUGUGGAUAAGGCCGAACAGCAGAGCUUCUUUCCUGAUGGGCCAAGAAAUAGACUGGCACCUUCUCACCAGGGUGUUGGACAUGUUAGCAGUGCCUCCUCCAUGCCUCCACCAUCAGCUGUAACUCUUGCAGGCUCUGCAGUACUGCAUGGACACCAAAGCAACAAGAAAUCUCGCUCAGCUGAAUGGUCCCGUGGUAAUCACAGCUCCUCUACUGGACAGUCCAGUCAGACUGCAGGUCAGCAGUGCAGCAGGGCUAAGCACACUAAUUCUGCACAUGAGGCACCCCAGAGUAGGUAUGAGGACUUAUUUACUGGUCAAGCUGACCUUCACAAGGGAGACUCAAGUCCUGCAUCUACAUCGUCCCGGUCAAGGAGACAUGGCCACUCUUCAAAAUCUGCUGCUGGGGACAUUACCUAUAAGGAAAGCAACCACUCUAAGUCUCCCACAGAGACAGACUUCAGCAAUCAUGGCUCAGGCUCCCCAGUCCCAUCUACUUCUCUCAUAUGCGGUAGCCUGUCUGCUCCCAAUUUUCCCCCAGGACUGCACUCCAAACCUAGCACAGUGCAACAAAAGCCAACAGCCUAUGUCCGACCAAUGGAUGGACAGGAUCAAGUUCCUAAUGACUCUCCAGAGCUCAAAGCACCUGUGGAAAUUGGGGACACCUGCAGCAAUCCAAAUUUUGGAGGUUUACUAGAGGGAAAACCCAGCACAGCCAAUACCAAGAGCAAGCUGCCAAAACUGACCUUACCCCAGUCAGGAGAAGUCAGUCUGUCGAGUGACUCCAGCUGUGUGGAAGAAAUUCUGAGGGAGAUGACCCACUCAUGGCCUCCACCACUGACAGCUAUUCACACCCCAGGCAAAGCUGAACAGAGCAAAUUCCCCCUUCCAUCCAAGGAAUCCCAAAACCUAACAUCGGGAUACAGCGGACAAAAACGGUGCGAUGUUUCCAACAACAAGCCAGCCACCAAGCCUGUGCCCCAAAAAUCUAUGUUGGAAGAUGACCUAAAGUUGAGCAGCGAUGAAGAAGAGGGUGAACAGGGUGAGGAGAAGACAAAGUCAAGAAGUGCUACAGUACCAUUAACAAGAGCAGCAUUGAUCUUUGUGGAUCCAAAUCACAGCCCUUAUUUUGAGCGCUGCCUUCAUGAGGAGUUGGAUUUGUUUGGAAAUAAGACACUCAGCUAG